AUGUCAUACGAGUCAAAGUUAAAGCCCGAUCAGAGUCACAGCAGGCCCGAUGUCCUGGAGGGUCGUCUGGGCGGUCAGGAGAGGACGCUGGCUGUGCUGCUGGAGCAGGCCUUCACCAUCAGAGCAGAGGUGGCGGCGGGCCUGCAGUCCACCAAGGGCUCGGUUCAGGUCGAGGCCCUUUCCCGCAAGCUGCUGGAGAGUCACAUACUGACCAUCACACGCAUCGUCAAGCAGCUCAGUGUGGACAUACAGGCACUGGAGAGACAGAUCGCCCAGCGGGACUCCGUAACAUCUGGAACGUCACUGGCCGUUCAAAGCUUAGACCAGAAAAACCUGGCCGGCAUUGGAGACCUGAGAGGAAGAGUCGCCAGGUGUGAUGCCAGCAUCGCCAAGCUGAGCGCCGACGUGAGCUCUGGGGAUCGGCACAGGAUCAGACUGCAGCAGGAGAUGAAAGAGCUCAGAGCAGGUGUGGAUGUGAAGCUGGAGGAGCUGGAAGUCACGCUUCAUCGUGACCUUGGACGGCUGUCGGCAUCUUUGACAGAGCUCACCCAGAGCCACAGGAGCUCCCUGUGUGAUCUGCAUAAACAAGUUCAACUACUAGAAGAGAAGAUGUCAGGUGGGCGGAAGGAGGCCAAGGAGCAGACAGAGUCACUGAGAAAGUGGACAGAACAACAGCUCAACAGCUUUCUGCAGACUCAUGCACAGAGCAGCCAGCAGCUCUGCUCACGACUCCAAGACAAAAUGUUGGAGUCAGAGGCUAGAUUAGCCAUUCGGCUGCGUGCUCUGGAGGCGCAGAUGGAGAGGUCUGAGCCCCAGCGGAACCAGUCCAACCAAAGUCAGGCAGAUCGGCUGAAACGCUCUGAAAGAAAACUCAGCGAGAGAGUGAGCUCAGUGGAGAGCAGCCUCCAUCAGGAGCUGCAGCUGCUCAAACAGGACUACCACAAAGGGUUCCGCUCCGUGCAUGAUGCCAUGGAGUCCCUGAGGCAGAUAGGCAACAUCAAAUCUCGUCUUGACAAGGGCGAGCUGCAGAAGGACAUCAGGCACAUGUGCAGCAAGGUGGCAGAGAUCAGUGACUCGUGA